AUGUCUCAACUGCAUAAAUCCCCCAUCAAUCUCCCUACCCACAUUGCUUCUGUGUCAAAAAUUAACCAAAGUUUUUCUUCUGACCGACAAAUAUCUGAUCUUGUCUCAGAUCAAGAGGAAUAUUGCAGAGAGUUAGAUGCUGCUGUUAGAGCAGUUCAGAUGUCAUGCUUCCUCUGUCAGAAACUGCAAGACACUUGGAUUUCGGAUUCUCGGAUCAACCAUCACAAUUCACCGCUCACAGUUGCAGGUUGGAGUGUCAACACAAUUGUCAGCUGGAUAUUAUCUGAGAGUUUAGGGAGUGAAAAUGUCUCGAUUGUAACUGAAAAGGAUGUUCAGACACUAUCCAAAACUAAUACAUCAGAACUGUUGGAAUCUGUGGUUAAAACUGUGAAUGAAUGUCUAGCUGAAGCACCUCGAUUUGGGGUUGAGGAGCCAAAAUCAGCUCUCGGAACUUCAGAGGUUCUUGAAAUCAUUAGCCGCAGCAACUCAGUUGGAAGCCCUUCAGGAAGAUUUUGGGCACUUGGCCCUCUUGAUGGAAAAAUGGGGUCUGCAUGUGGUGAUCAAUAUGCUGUAUCUUUAUCACUCAUAGAGGAUGGAGAAGUGGUGCUUGGAGUUCUUGGCUGUCCUAACUACCCUGUGAGAAAGGACUGGUUUAGUUAUCAUCACAGCUAUCAAAGGAUGAUAUCUAUGUUGACUCCUCCAACCUCUGAAACUUGGGAUAAAGGUUCUAUUAUUUAUGCUCAAAGGGGUAGUGGGAAAGCUUGGAUCCAACCAUUGCUCCAUGUCAAUAAGAAGUAUGUGUGGCCAAACCAUGCAAAACAAGUUUCUGUGUCUUCCGUUGACAACCUAGCAUUGGCCACUUUCUGUCAACUAAUUGAGAAGGCCAAUUCACGCCAUUCUUUCACUCAGGGAUUGGCUCAGAGUGUUGGUCUCAGUAAUCAGCCACUAAGAGUACACAACACAAUGAAAUAUGCGGCAAUAGCUUGUGGGGAUGCUGAGGUUUUCAUGAAGUUUGCGAGUGCUGGUAACAAGGAAAAAAUAUGGGAUCAUGCAGCUGGUGCCAUCAUCAUACAAGAGGCUGGAGGCAUGGUAACAGAUGCUAGGGGGUAUCCCCUGGACUUCUCAAAAGGUUUAAACUUAGAAAGCCUUGAUCGUGGUAUAGUUGCCUGUUCUGGAGCCACAUUACAUGAAAAGAUCAUCGAUGCUGUUGAUGCUAGCUGGGUCUCUUCAUGUCUUUGA